AUGACGGCAUUGCCUCCUCCCCAGUUUCUAAGCCAGUACCUUCCUGACGCUGGCUUCCAAUGGAUCACCAUGCACAAAACCCCCUUCACCACGUUCGAGCAAUGUGUCGCCAUCUGCGGAGCUAUGACUCGGGUAGGAAAGCCUCUCACCCAGUCUGACGUCACCCAGUACAUCGCAGACAUCUUCAUCACCGCGCGUGCGAUGGCCGGUCAGUGCGGAGACAUGGAGCCAGACAAGUUCUGGCACAAGGUCGCCUCGCGUCGAACCUGGUCCUACGGUCUUCAAGGCCAGGACCUCUUCGACUUCGCCCUCCGAACUAUGGCGGCUCGAGUUACCUUCCGUCACCGCGUCCGGGUAUUCCACCAAGAGUCCAACGAGACCGGCGAUAUCCCACCCAGAUACCGCAACCGCGACCACAGCAUCGCAAACGCGGCUGUCGACGACUGGAUCGCAACUGUCAUCCACAGCUACGGAGUGCGCUCCCGAACAAGAAAAGUCUACUGUCCUGACGGAUUGACCGAGCCCAGCGUCGGAUGGGCUCCUAUCGGCGCCUAUAUGGAGGCGAAGAUGGCUGGCCGUACCAGCAUUCAAGGAUAA